AGCGGCGGGGAAGAUGGCGGCGAGCAGCGGCCCCGAGGCGGCGGCUCCGGGACCGGCGGGCCCGGUAUCGUUCGGGUUCAGCCGGAAGGCGGAACGGCGGCGGGUGCUGGCGGCCGGGCCCUGCGCGGAGCCCGGAACUGUGGGGGGCGACGGCGGCGGCGACGACACCGACUUCCUGACGGCGGUGGAGGAUCGAGAGCUGCUCAGCACGCGGCCGGCCCCGCCCCCCCGGCAGGAGCUGGUCAUCCCCCUCCUCCCCUCCCACCGCUGGCGGAACCCCGAGCCCCCCCGAGGCCACGCCCCCUCCCCUAGCCACGCCCCCGGCGCUGACCACGCCCCCGACACAGGCUCCGCCCCCGCGGGAGACCCCCCUGAUGGCCCCGGCUCGGUGGAGGCGCAGGCGGUGCAGGAGCUGCUGCAGGAGGUGCGGCAGAGCCAGGAGCAGGGGGACCACGGGCCCCCCAUCUCCAUCCCCCUCCGGCUGCAGGAGAAGGACGUCAUCCCCCAGGCCCAGCCUGGCCCACAGGACUACGAGGCGGUGCCGGUGGAGGCCUUUGGGCUGGCCAUGCUGCGGGGGAUGGGCUGGAAACAGGGCGAGGGCAUCGGCCGCACCUUCAAACAGGUGGUGAAGCCGCUGGAGACAAAGCUGCGGCCGCGGGGGUUGGGGCUGGGGGCUGAUCCCCAGCCCCCCCCCGGCCCCCCCAAAUCUGGGGAGGAACCCCCGAAAUCACGGGGGGCCCCCCCACGGGGAGGUGAAAAGGACACCGAGGGAGGGGGGCUGGUGGUGGGGGCCACUGUCUGCAUCCUGGCCGGCCCCCACCGGGACAUGUAUGGCAAGGUGGAGGGGCUGGACCCUGAGACUGCCCGGGCUGUGGUGAGGCUGUUGCUCGGGGGACAGGCAGUGACCAUCAGCCAGCACAGCCUGCGGCCUGGCACUCCCCCACCCUCCAGCCACCCCAGCAGGACCCCCAAGGGGCAGGGGGCUGAGGAGGGCCCGGAUGCCGGGGUCCCUCCCCAGCGGGGAGCUGGCAAGAGGAAGGAGCCCCCCCAGACUGAGAGGACCCCCAAACAGCCCCGGGGGGCCCCCCCCAAGCCCCCCCCUUGGCUGCGGCGGGACCUGCGCGUGCGCUGCAUCGACCGGGGGGUCCACGGCGGCCGCUACUACAACUGCAAGAUGGUGAUCGAGGACCUGCUCUCCUCGGACACCUGCGUUUGCCGGACAGACGACGGGCGCCUGGUGGAGGGCCUGCGGGAAGCCAUGUUGGAGACCGUCAUCCCGCGGGGUGAAGGCGACCGUGUGAUGGUGGUGCUGGGCGAGCACGCGGGGAGGGUGGGCCGGAUCCUGGAGCGGGAGCCGGCGCGGAGCCGGGCGCUGGUGCAGCUGGAGCGGGAGGAGGCCGGGCGGGUGGUGCCCUUGGACUAUGACGCCAUCUGCCAUUACGUGGGGGGGCACGAGGACGACUGAUACCCCCCCCCCACCCCCAACACCCCUUGCCAGCUUCCAAUAUGGCCGCUGUGGCCUCAGGGGAAUAAAUGGUGCCGAAACAA